AUGGCCGCAGAGGAAUCGGGCCUGGCGAAGCUCGAUGCAUUCAUAGCAGAGCUUCUGUCUGACUGGAAUAUUUACUCUACUCUGAUUACUGGUAUCAUCGUUGCAUUUCUGGUCUACGGCCUAGUCUCUUCAAAGGAGCCUGACUGCCAUCCAUAUCUGCUUGCUCGACAGGCAAGUGAGGCACCUGUGAGGCAUCCAGGCGAAUCUGCAGCACAUCGCAACCUCGAGACACCGUUCGGUUUCCCGCUCAAGACCGGGUUGAACAUCAAGGACCCUGGAGCGCCUAAAUGGACUGGCGGACGCAACGGUGACCUGCGCGACAUAUGGAGAGCUGCUGUGCGCGGCGCCGUCAAUGACGACGGAUCGGUUUCUGGAAAGAAGGGCAAGAUCUAUACGGUAUUGGGAAGACACGUCGAGGAACACAGCCUGGACGAUAUCACACAAGAGAUCAAUGUUAUCGGACAGUACAUCAGGGACUCAAAGGCUAAUACGGUUGUUAUAUGCCUGUCUGAUUCUAUUGAACUUUUGGGAGCUAUUUUCGCCGGCGCAUUCUACGGAUUCAAGACGGUGAUCAUUCCACACAAUCUCCCUUCAGAGGUCCUUACGGAGUAUCUCCAGAAAUCUCAGGCAGAACUCUUGAUUGCGGAGGCUGGUGCAGUAGAUCUCUCGGUGGUAACGAAGGGUAAUCAGCAACUUAGCCAUGUAUUAUGGGUAGCGAAACAGGGCAGCAGACAUAUGGAGUGGGACCAAGUGCCCGAGGGCAUUGGAGGUCGUCUCGAGGUUGCCGUCUGGCAUGAACUCAUCAAGGAUAAGAAAGGUUCCAUCACCUCUGAGCUUCCAGAAUGGGAGCCCAAGUCCCCGACGCCGUCCAUCACAACUGUUUGGCCGACAGCGUCAGGCGUUGGUGAAUUUAUCGAGUACGAACCAAAGAAUCUUGUAUCCGCCGUUGGAGCGCUUAUUUCUGCGCUGCCUCGCAACCAGCGUCUGACAUCUGACGACCUUCUGCUCUCGAUAGAUUCCCUGUCUCGGUCUUAUCCAUUGUCCUUAGUGUUGGCGGCUUUGUUCUCCAAUGCUUCCAUAGCUCUUAACUCCGUUGCUGGAGAGGGCGUCGAUUUCGCUCUCGCAACCGUGGGAGUCUCACCCACAGCGAUUGUUGCCUCGUCCCGGACUAUGUCUGAGUACCACAAGAAGUUCAUGGAACCUCACACUGGCAUCAUCUCCAAGAUUAGCAGAUGGUUCCAGGCGCGCAGUCUCGAUGCCGGCACUAUGCCCAGCUCGAAUCUACUUACCAAGCUUGCCAACAUUGGGCCAACGGCUGAGCUCUCACUUGACAAACUUCGAUUGUUGUUCAUCUCCCACCGGGCUGAUGCGCCUGGCGAAUAUUGUCUUUCCUCCGAACAAUUAGCUGACCUGAGGAUCUUUACUGGGGCCCGAGUUGUAUACGCUUUGGCUGGUCCAGGAGUAGCAGGAGCCAUCGCGCAGACGAAUGUGUUUGACUACAGACGUCAGGAUGGCCUCAGCCACUUCGGUGCUCCGUUGAGCAGCGUCGAGGUCACUUUGAAGGGCCACCCGGAAGACGCAGGGCUCGAGAGAGCUGUCGAGGGACAGAUUGCUGUUGCUGGUCCCGCAGUCGUGUCUGGGAAAACGACUAUGCCAGCGUCUGGACGUUUCGGAGAUGACAACACACUGCACCUAAGUGCAUAG